AUGGCUCGGAAGAGGAAAGGCAUAUCGAAGCCGGUGGUGGUUUCCGGUGAAACGGUGGCGGAAGACCUCCCUUCGAUCCAAGAAGUGGAACCUGAUCUGAAUCAUGUUGAAGAAUUUCAUGAUCCGUGCGACGAGUUGGAGAUGGAACGUGGAGUCAAAACGAUGCGUGUUGGAAGCAUGAAUCGCACCUCUCCCAAAUCAGCGAGUUGGGCUGAGGAGGCAGAGGGAACCGAGUAUCAGAGGUCGGCUAAGGACGUAUGGAGUAAAUUCAAAUCGAAUCAGGUUCUUACCCCUUCUACUCGUCUGAACUUCACUGAACCCCUGAAAGUGGGUGACCAAAUUGUUGCCUGUCUAGAUAUGGAGGAGGUGGAGAUUGAAGCUUCGUUCUGGAAAAAUGCCAUUGUUUGUAUUGUGCUGGGUGCUAACCCACCUUUUAGAGUGUUUGAAGGUUUUGUCAAGAGAGUUUGGGGAAACUUAGGUGUUGAUAAGAUAGUGAGAAUGCACUCAGGUUUUACUCUAGUUAACUUCAGGGAUGAAGCUACUCAGGACCUGAUAUUGGAAACGGGGGUCAUUCAUUUUGACAAAAAACCGGUGGUCCUUCGUCCUUGGACUUCAGACAUGGACUCUGUGAGAAUGGUCAAGUCGGUGCCGGUUUGGAUUAGGUUGAAUGGUUUGGGAUUGCAAUACUGGGGAAAAAAUAGUCUCAGUGCUAUGAUCGAUGGUGAAAUAUGCAAGGGUAUUGGUGGAUAUGGAGAUUUCGGAUCACCCCCGAAAUCUAUUGCUUUUAUCAAUGAAAGGGAUCAAUUAGUUGAACAAUCGGUGGAGUAUGAAUGGCUCCUUUCUAAGUGUGCUGCAUGCUCACAUUUAGGUCAUGUAGUGGCGAAUUGUAACAAGGAAAAUGGAGUGAUUUGGAAGAAGAAAUCCACUGUUGAGAAUGGAGCAAAAUUAGACAAGAAGAAAGUUAGUACAGAGGAGGAGUUACAGCAGCCUUCUGGGUCUGUUAGUCCAGAAAACAGAGCGGAUAGCCCUUUGAGUAAUGAAGAUGAGGAGAGGAUAAAGAGCACACAUGAGAGACUUGAUCCAAAGGAGAGUUGUGUAGCUCAGGGCAUUUCGAAUGAUGCUCAGCAAGAUGAAACAGGGAGUACUGUUUUUGCUGGAAACUGGAUUACUCCCAAAAGGAGAGGGACUAGAGAGGUAGUGGCAGCUCCUUACAAGACAGAUGCAGCUCUAGGCAAGGCUAUUUCGGGGUGGAAUGUGAGGGGUAUGAAUAAAAGAGAAAUGCAAAAUGCUAUUCUUAGUGUUUGCAAGGAAAAUAAGGUUGGUUUUGGUGCUCUUUUUGAGACUAAGUUUGUGACGGUUGACAUCUUGCUAGAAGAUCCUCAACUUGUGCAUUGUAAGAUUAGAGUGUGUGGCCAGCAGAAGAUGUUUUUUGCCACGUUGGUUUAUGGUAGUAACUCUAUGGGGGAGAGGAAAAAAUUAUGGGACAAGUUAGCUAAUAUUGGUCAGCUGAAUAAUCCUUGGAUUAUUUUUGGAGACUUUAAUGCUAUGUUUAGCUUCCAAGAAAGGAAUGGUGGGAGACAAAUCCUAGCAAAGGAUAUUGCUGAUGCUCAAGACUGGUUGGCUUUAGGCCAAGUAGAGGAACUCAAAUGUUCUGGUGCGCUCUAUACUUGGUCGAGCAAGCAUGAAGUAGGAGACCGAAUAUUCUCAAAGCUAGAUAGAGUUUUUGCUAAUGAUUUUUGGUUGGACUCUUUCCUGAAAACUGAAGCAUGCUUCAAAUGGGACUGUAUAUCAGACCAUAGUUACUGUUGUUGGAAUGCUACUGUUGGUUCGGGAAGAGGUCUUAGCAAGGUGGUUCAGAAACUGUUUAGAGUUAAACACGUUUUGAAAAGGUUUAACAGGGAAGAGGUUGGAGAUGUAGUUUUGAAUUAUAGGGAGGCUAAGGAGGAGUUCUGUAAAGCUCAGGAGGCCUUGGUGGUUAAUCCCUCUGAUCAUUCUCUGCAUCAGACAGUUAGUCAAGCUCAGCAAAAUGUUACUGUUAUGCAGAGUCGAUAUGCAAGUUUUCUCAAGCAGCAGAGUAAAAUAAAUUGGAUCAAGUUCAGUGAUGAUAAUUCGAGGUUCUUCCAUGCUUCUAUGAGGAAAAGAAGAGUAGAAAACAGAAUUACUACUUUCACUCUUGGAGACAAAAUAGAAGAUGAUUAUUCGAAAGUAGUUGAGCACUUUCUCUCCCAUUUUAAGAAUUUUAUGGGGAGGAGAAGUUUGGCUUCUAAGGAGAUUGAUAAAGACUGUUUGAACCAGGGAAAUAGAUUGUCUUUGGAGCAGCAAGUCAGGUUAUUAAGGCCGUUUAGUAAGAGUGAUGUGAAGAAGGCUCUUUUCAGCAUUCACUCAUUUAAAAGUCCUGGGUUGGAUGGCUUCGGAUCGGGUUUCUUCAAGGGGUUAUGGACAGAUAUUGGAGAUGAAAUUUCUCUUUCUGUGUUAGAGUUUUUUUAUGAUGGGUUCUUGCUGAAGGCUCUGAAUGAAACAGUGAUUUCCCUCAUUCCUAAGGUGGCAGAUCCGAAUUCAACUAGUGACUACAGGCCUAUUGCGUGUUGUAAUACACUCUACAAAUGUAUAUUGAAGAUGAUCUGUACUAGACUUUCGGAAGUGCUUCCCUUCCUUGUUCAUAGUAAUCAAGGGGCUUUCAUAAAGAACAGAAUUCUUGCUCAUUUCCAGGAUCUCCUCAAAGGGUAUACUAGGAAGAAUAUUUCAGCAAGAUGUAUAAUGAAGAUAGAUCUAAGCAAGGCAUAUGACACAAUUGACUAG